GGCAGCAAAUGAAAUCGACGUGAUAUCGCAGAGUUUUUGCAAUACAUUUUCAAUUUGUCAUCGCAUGUUGUGGAGUGUUUUGUUCUGCAGUGUUGUGUUGUGCAGUGCGUUUAAGUAAAUAGGUCUUAAUGUCGCAGUGGAAAGUACAUUCAAAUCGAGUCUGAAUCGGCAACAGAAAAUAUUACAUAAAGAAAGCAAAUCUAGCAAGUCUAGCGUGUCUUGAUUAAAUUAUCAGCAAAAUGAAGAGCGACAGGGAUGAGAAAUACAGCAAGUCUGUGCCACAAAAGAUGUCGUAUUAUAUGGUGCCAGGUUCGGACUUUCAGUGCAAGCUGCCCUUGUCACAGCAUUGUGGCCGUAAGCUGUCGACCAUCGAUGAGCAGGACCACGAUGCGGCCAAUCGCAGGGGCAAAAUAAACCAGAUUCUGGCCACGUGUGCGGUGCUGCUGCUCUCUGCCGCAUGUGGCAUGCCCAUUGGCUACUCAGCCGUGCUGCUGCCUCAACUCUCAGACAAUUCCACAGAUAUUCCCAUAGGUCAGAGCUCAGGCUCUUGGAUUGCAAGCAUACACAGUUUGGCCACUCCGUUUGGUUCACUAAUGUCUGGACCCUUGGCUGACUAUUUGGGACGCAGGAAGACGCUUCUCGUGUCUGUGAUUCCCCUCUGCCUGGGCUGGAGCUCAAUGGCCAUAUCGCAGUCGGUGAAGGCUUUGAUAUUUGCGCGUUUCCUCUGUGGCUUUGCCACCGGCAUACUCGGCGGACCCGGCCAGGUAUACAUAGCCGAAACAGCGGAACCCAAUUUGCGCAGUCUGCUGAUUGGCGCUCCAUAUGUGGCUUAUUCCAGUGGCAUUCUGCUUGUCUACUACUUGGGAUCCCUGCUCGAUUGGCGCAGUGUGGCCUGGUGUGCUAACAUAUUGCCCACCCUCGCCGUGAUUGCCAUAUUCUGCAUACCGGAGACACCGGCUUGGCUGCUGCGGAAUGGACACGACUCGCGUGCCUUGAAGGCAUUGACGUUUCUGAGGGGCAGUGAGAUUGGUGCUCAAAAGGAACUCAACGAUAUGAGGCAGCGUCUGGAGAAGGAGCGAGCCACGAUGAAGUCGAAUGAGAACAUCUUGACGCUGUGCUGUCAACGGGUGGCGCUUAAGCCGCUGUUUAUUGUGAUUUGCUUUUCACUUCUGCAGAUGUUUUCCGGCACCUUCAUUGUGAUCUUUUACGCCAUUGACAUUGUGUCGGAGUUUGGAACCGGCUUCGAUACGAAGCAGGCUGCAAUUUGGACAGCGGCAGUUCGUGUUCUCUGCUGCAUGCUCUUCUGUAGCAUUUUGAUCUUUGUGCGUCGACGUCUCAUCAUGAUCAUCUCGGGUAUUGGAUCUGGAUUGUUCUGCUUGGCAUUGAGUGUGUUUAUGUAUAUACGAGUUGGUGAACCUAAAAUGUCCUACGAUGUCCUUGUUGCUGGCGGAUGCCUUCUGGGAUAUAUUGUGUUUAAUACGGCGCUGAUGGUAAUGCCUGGCAUAAUGAUUGGAGAGCUGUUCCCUGCUCGUAUUCGAGGUCGCACAGCUGGCGGCGUCUUUGCUUCGAUGAACGUUGCUCUAUUUCUGUUUGCCAAGUUCUUUCCUACACUCCAAGCGAUGCUAAAGAUGAGAGGCGUCUUUGUGGUCUUUGCUGUAUCCAGUUUCCUGCUGACUAUAUUCAUGAUUCUCUUUCAACCGGAGACAAAGGGGCGCAGUCUGGAGCACAUUGAGGAUUAUUUCAAUGGUGACAAUUGGCUCUGGUUCAGUCGCGAUCGUGGCUAUAAGACAGUCAAACUGAUGCCUCUGGAUCAAGUUAAAUAUGAAAAUCAAGCUUUAAAUCAAAAAGCAGAGCAUGCGUAACGGGCAGUAUACAAGAAUUCUCAAAUAUAAUCAGUCUAUACAGGGCGCUUAAGAUUCCAUAGUUUUUAGUUAGUAAUAUGUGUAGCUUGUAAUAACGCUGGAGUACCUCGUAGUUGUAAUCCAAGUGUCCUUCCAGUGUUCCUUAGACAUUUUUAUACAAAACUCUAUCAAAACAGAAACAAAACUACAUCCACUCAAUUUCUGUAAAUCAAAAAAAUGUGAUUUUUGCAAAUAUGCAUUAGUUUUAAUAGUCUCGAUAUACAUAUAUUCAUACUAUAUGCUAUGUUAAAAAAAAACUAUGUAAGGAAUAAAAAAUAUUGUA